GAAGAGAAGUAUAUACAAUCUCCAGAAGAUUUGGAAAAAUUAAGAGAUGCGGGGCUCUUGAUGUACCAGCAAGUACCCAUGGUGGAGAUGGAUGGGAUGAAACUGGUGCAGUCCAGAGCCAUUCUCAACUACAUCGCCACCAAGCACAACCUCUACGGAAAGGACACGAAGGAGAGACUCCUGAUUGACAUGUACACAGAAGGCAUGGUAGACUUAUACGACAUCAUCUUACAUCUGCCACUGACUCCUCCAGACCAAAAAGAUGCCAAGAUGGCUCAGAUUAGCGAGAGAACGAAGGAUCGUUACCUCCCUGUCUUUGAAAAAGUGUUAAAGAGCCACGGUCAAGACUACCUUGUUGGCAACAAGCUGAGCAAGGCUGACAUUCUCCUGGUCGAGCUUCUCUACAUGAUUGAAGAGGUUGAUGCCAGUCUUCUGGCCAGCUUCCCCCUGCUGCAGGCCCUAAAAACCCGAGUCAGCAACCUGCCCAAUGUGAAGAAGUUUCUGCAGCCUGGCAGCCAGAGGAAGCCUCUUCCCACUCAGAAAAUGAUAGAAGAAGCAAGAAAGGUUUUCAAGUUUUAGUCCAAUCAGCAUUAACCAAAGGCGUGCAUAGCAAACAUCUAAAUUUUGCAGUAAUGACAUUGUUCACUUCAGUGUCGAUCCUGAACUUUAUGGGACAAUAGUCCAUUUCUGAUUGCAUGUGGUAAUGGCCUAAUAAAAUUCCUCUGAGAAGUCUUAA